GUAUGCACUGUUUGUGCUAAACCUGGUGAUCCUAUUCCUGUGUGGGAGGUGCGUUUGUGUAAGUUCUGCGUCGUAAGGCAACUUAUCAAUAAGAGUGCCUUAUUUGCUUUCUCGUUGACUCCUAAAGAAAUCGAAGUACUAAGGGCUUGGAAAACUUACGUGUAUGACCUUGGCAUGCAUUGUACAUUUUACCUACGUUCACAUCUUGAUCAUCUACGGCGCCAAAAAUACUCUGAUCCUCAAAUUGCUUUGGAUAAAGAUGUUGAACAACGUCAAUCUGAAAGAUUCUCUAAGGAAAAUGCGAGACGUAAAAGAAAACAAAGAGAACAAGAUGAUUCUUACACUGAAAGAACAAAAUCUAUUCUCAAAUGUUUUAGUGAUUUAAAAUUAAAACCUGAUUUGAAUGUUAUGGAAGAAUGGUGGUUUCCAAAAGAAUUAAAAUUAGAAAUACAAGAGAUAAUGGCUGAAUUACGUCAUAUCGUUGUACCACGUGUUUCAAGAUUGAUGGAAUUAAAUAGUCGUUUGAUGGCUGAUGGUAUAGCUGUAGAUAAAUUACGGAUGGAAUUAGAUCUUAAAACUCGAAGAAUAUAUGAUGACUUUGUUUUAGGAGGCAUGCCGAUAGAAGAAUAUCCCUUAACUGCUGCUAUAACGCGUGGUGAAAUACUUGCAUAUUUUACACGUGAAAGAAUCUUUGAAUCGGCUAUCAUCUCUACUUGGUAUAGUUCAAUUACAAAUGAUGAUUUCUUAUGUUGUCAUCUGGAACGUCCUCGGUUUUUACGUGAUGCUCGUGAAUGGUGGGCUCGUCGUGGAAAGAAACCUCCACCAGAAAAAUGUGGUGAAUUAUAUCUUGCUCGUGUUCGUAAAAGACAAGCUUGGUUAAAGAAUGAUAUGUCUUUGGUUACAAUUCAAGAAAAUUGGAGACGUGAACUAUUAGAACGUAAAUUAAAAGAAAAAAUUGAUUGGUACUUUACUGAAUUACCAAAGUAUAUAGCUACUUUGAGGAAUACUUAUGAAUUGAAUUUAAAACGAAGGAUGAAAAAUCGAGAAAUAUUUUGGAUGAAGGGGCUGUCUUCACAUCAUGAUAUGAUAGAACCACCAGAAAAAUUGAAGCCAAUGUAUUGUGAUUAUGAGGACUUUAUUAAAAAUUGUAACGGUUUCUGCCCAACUGAAGAUGGUUAUUGUGGUUGUUUAGAAUAUGCAGCUAAAGAUAUAAUUCGAGCAAAUACGAUACUGAGACGUAGGGAUUGGAUGGAUGCUCAAUUGAAAAAAUGUCAAGAAAUUAAUUAUCGAAGCCCUGAUUUGUUAUUGUGUCCAGAAGCAAAGGAAGAAUACUAUUAUGCUGCUAGAA